AUGGAACCUCGCACCGCCAUACAAGAUGAGCCCACAAAAUCGGAAAGUGUGGAAAGCAAUGAGAAAGUGAGACAAUGCGAUGCUAAAAUCGAAGACGUUGAGACACAAAAUCAGCCACCAGAUUCUUCAGCCAAAUACUUGAUGGAUCUUGACCGCGGUAUCGUUGGCUGGGACGGAAAAAGUGACCCUGAGAACCCUCUCAAUUUCACUCCGGCGCGGAAGUGGUUGAUCACAAGCCUUCUUUCGGCAAUUGGAUUCAUGACACCGUUCGCAUCUUCUAUCAUCGCCCCGGCAAUCUCGUCCAUUGAGAAAGAAUUCCAAGUGACCAAUAUCACCAAAGGCGCUAUCCCCGUGAGCAUCUUCCUUCUGGGGUAUGCAGUCGGACCAUUGUUUCUGUCUCCUUUCUCGGAAAUAUAUGGCCGUCACAUCAUUAUGAUCUCUGCUAGUCUUUUCUUCUGUAUCUGGUUGAUCGGCUGUGCUCUUGCUCCAUCAAUUGAGACCCUGAUUGCAUUUAGGUUCCUUUGCGGAAUUGGUGGUUCAGCAUCCCAGACGGUUGGAGGAGCUACAGUCGCCGAUAUGUUCCCUGUUCACGAACGGGGUAGAGCAAUGGCUGUGUGGAUUCUUGGGCCAAUUAUGGGCCCUUCUGUUGCACCCGUCGUGGGAGGUUUCGUGACUGAGAAGAUUGGCUGGCGGUGGGUGAACUGGAUCACUCUGAUUCCAGCAACGCUGGUAGUGGUUGCCAUGGCGGUGUUCAAUCGCGAGACCAAUCAUCAGGUUCUCAUCCAAGCCAAGACGGUUCAAUUGCGGAGAGAGCUGGGUCGACCUGACCUGCAAAACUGCUUUACCGAUGAUGCCUCUGCUCUGUCCAACAAAGAAAUUAUUCUCAGGGGUCUUGUCAGGCCUUUCCGACUGCUCUUCGGUUCUGCGAUCGUCUUUGGUGUCUCUCUCUAUAUUGCUUUCGCCUAUGGGUGUCUUUAUUUAUUCUUCAACACCAUUCCCACCGUCUUUGAGGGCACCUAUGGUUGGUCAACUGGCAUCACCGGUAUCGUCUACCUGGCACUCUUGGUCGGAUAUAGCAUUGGCGUGACCAUCUUCUUCACGUGCUCCGACAGGUCAAUAGUUCAUAUGACGAAGCUCAAUGGCGGGGUAUACGAAGCCGAGAUGCGACUGCCGAUUUGCAUCUACUGUGCUCCAUUUCUACCAGUCGCCUUCUUUCUCUAUGGCUGGAGCAGCGACAAGGGCGUCUUCUGGAUCGUUCCAGUAAUCGGACUGGUCUUUUUCGGUAUUGGCUUCGAGUGCGUCUGGCUAACCACUCAGGCUUAUAUUGUUGACGCGUACUCGCAUCAUGCCGCUAGUGCACUCGCGGCGUUCUCGGUCAUGAGGAGCGUUGUAGCUGCUUUUUUGCCUCUCGCUGGGCCGCAGAUGUAUCAUGAGAUGGGGAUUGGCUGGGGGAACUCACUCUUGGGUUUCGUUGCUCUGGCUCUGAUUCCUGUUCCGAUUUUGAUCUACAGAAUGGGCGCAAAAAUUAGAAGGAACGAAAAGUGGAAUCUCUGA